CAUCAAUGUUUGCAAAAGCUUCAUAUAUUUAAAUGAAGAAACCAACCUCAAAGACUGGUUAUCUUCUCAAGGAAAAAACUUUGGCAUGGGUUCUUUUGUAGGACACAUAGUUCCAGGGUUAGCACUUGCCCUUCUUGGCCUAUGGCAUACCAUAAACACCAUCAAAUCUUACCUUUUGAAGGGCCCUUCUAACUUCACUGCAAGAUUCUGGUACCAACUUAACACACCUCAGUAUUCUAGUAGACUUAAGCACUUGCAACUUGUUUCCCUUUUGGCCUUUUCCAUCCUUGCAAUUUUUAUGCAAGUUUUGGACUUCCCUCAUUUUCACUAUGCAUUUAAGCUUGAUAACUUUGAGCAUGCAACCAUGUUCAUACACCUAGCUUUGUUUGCUGGUUUCGCGCUCUCUACAGAGUUAACCGAUUCGCUUGACCUCUUCUCUGGCUUUGUUGGAAUCUUUGCAUCCUCAGUGUUUAGCCAAGAACUCUUCCUACUCCACUUUCAUUCCACAGACCAUGUUGGACUUGAAGGCCAUUACCAUUGGUUGCUGCAGCUCAUAGUACUAGUCUCGUUCGUAGCAUCUCUGGCUGCAACUACUUUCCCCAACAGUUUCACCUCGGCACUUGUACUUUCUAUAUCAGUAAUCUUCCAAGGGUGUUGGUUUAUAAACAUGGGGUUUAAUCUGUGGGUUCCUGGACUUGUUCCUAAAGGAUGUGUAAUGAAUUUGCCAAUGGCCAAUGAAAAUCAUAUGCUAGGAGCAGUUACUUGUGGCACCAAAGAGGCUGAUUUUCGGGCGAGAGCAUUAGCUAAUUUACAAUUCAGUUGGAUUCUUUCCUCAAUUCUGAUAUUUGCAGGAAUUGUUUGCUUGAAACUAGCUAGAAGAUACACCAUUGCAGAUAGGUUGGAAUAUGAAAGACUUCAUAAUAAAGGCGCUGACUCCUCCAUGGCAAGUGAAGGUUUCAAGCAGCCGAAAUAAUCUACCAUAGUUUCAAGUGAAUGAAGAUUUGAGAUCAUGAAAUACAAUAUAAUGUAUCCAACACUAUGUUGGAUUUUGAUUGUAAGAAUUCUAAAACUGUCUAGUGUAUAUCAAGGUAAUAAUAUCCAAUAAAUGUCAGAAGCAUGCUAUCUCUAGAUCCUGUUGAUUGCUUUAAUACCCUUAAAAUUCAAUCAACAAGUUGUUGAUCUUGGACUUGGUAAUUAUUGUAAGGGAUGUUUCUGCAUACAUCAAUUUCUUACUGUGUUAUGCAUUGAUAAUCCAAAUAAAGGGGCCUUUUCUUUUGAUACCUUAA